AUGAUUUGGAAAACGCCUGUUCCACUUAAAUUUAGUGAAAGGCGACCAUGGCUUUUAUCCAUGAGAUCUUCUCAGGCCUUCAUUGUUGUGACAGUUUCGAUAUCAAUGUUUACAUCGACACCGAGUACUCAAGCGAAUUUCAUGACAGGAUUUAUUUCUAUACGCAAUGGUACGAAAGCCAUCUUGAAAUAG